AUGGCACAGUACGCAUCCACCUCGUCAGUAAGCCGAUCAACGCCGGCCGCACAUCGUUACGACGACCAAGGCGGUGGCGGAAGCGAGGACUCUGGACGGCAGGGCCGGCAGGGCCAGCAAGGCCAGCAGGGUCAGCACAAGCGAGUCUACCAGGCAUGCAUACCCUGCCGUCGCCGCAAGGUCCGCUGCGACCUGGGCAGCGUGGACAACCCGAGCGACCCCCCGUGCGUGCGCUGCCGUCGCGAGUCGAAGGAGUGCUUCUUCAGCGCGACCAGGCGCAAGCGCAAGACGGACGACGCCGACGCCAGCGACGCCGACGAGUACACCGUCCGGAACGGCAGGAAGAGGGCCAACAACGGCAACGACGACGACACCUCGCCCGUCCCCGUCUCCGUCACCCUACCCGACCACCACCGCCACCACCACCACCACCACCACACCGCCACCGCCGGCGGCCACCGCAGGCAGCACAGCGACGGGCCCCUCACCCCCGGCGGCUCCCACGGGAGGACUCAGCCGCUCGUCCGGCCCGGCAGGAGGAGGACCGGCAGCAGCGUCCGCGAUGCGAGCGAACUUGGCGGCGGCGACGACGACAACCAGCACAUGGAGAAUCCGGAUGCCCAGAACGUCAUGAGACCUCGCGUCUACGGCCUGCAUGACGCCCUGGAUCUCCUAGCCGCACCCGGCGAUCCUAUGCCCCCGCGACCCAGUAUAGAGAACACCGCCGCCUCCAGCAGGGCCGGCCACCACGCCAGACGACGGACCGCGCCGAGCGCCGGCGUCGGCGGCCAGCACCGUCCUCACCACCCGCAUCACCGGCAACCUGUCGACCCUGGGCUGAGGGAGCAGGACCUCAGCGGUCAGCCGGGGUAUGACGCUGCCAUCAAGGCCUGGUCCAGGUUCCGAUUCGUCAGGGCUGGCUGGUUCACCCCCGUCGAGGCCAUCGACUACAUUGCCUACUACUACAGAUACCUCUCCCCCCUCACGCCCAUAUCGCCGCCGACGUUCAGCGAUCCUGCCAAGCACGUCAACCUCCUGACCGAGGAGCCCAUCCUGUCGGUCACGCUCCUGACCAUCGCGUCGAGGUACAAGCUCAUGGGCGGCACGGGCGGGCACUGCCGGUCGCACGCCAUCCACGAGCAGCUGUGGACGUACCUCCGGGGCAUGAUCGAGCGCUGCCUCUGGGGCCAGGAGGCCUUCGGCGGCGGCUUCUGCGGCUCCGGGUCCGCCACCGGGUCCACGUCGCUGACCAUGGAGACGGAGUCGAGCAGCACCGCCCCCUGGAGGGGCAUGCGGAAGGGCAGCCUCCGGACGCUGGGCACCAUCGAGUCCCUCCUGAUACUGACCGAGUGGCACCCGCGCGCGCUGCACUUCCCCCCGUCCGAGGUGACGGACGAGCUGAUGCUGCCCGACUACGGCACGACGCCGAACCCGGUCGCGGCCGCCGCCUCGGCCAUGGACGACGGCGACCAGAGCCACAACGUAGGCGCGGGAUUCGGCGGCAAGAGGCUGGAGAGCUGGCUGGAGCCGGCGUGGCGGAGCGACCGCAUGUGCUGGAUGCUGCUCAGCACGGCCAUGGGGCUGGGCUACGAGCUGGGCAUCUUUGACGACAUCGACGAGCUGCUGCGCGACGACGUGCUCACCCGGCCCGAGUACCAGGACCCGGCGUACCGGCAGAGGGCGAGCCGGAUCAAGAGGCUGCUGCUCAUCUACACGUCGCAGCUGGCGGGCCGCCUGGGCUGGACGAGCAUGGCGCCCGAGCACAUGCGCCGGGCGGACCCGGCGCUGUCGUGGCCCAACCCGGCGGCGAACGGCAGGAACGGCGGCGGGGAGAACGCCGACAUGCCGUCGUCGUCGACGUCGGGCGGGCUCGGCUACGUCCUCGACCUGGAGCUGGACGACCAGAUCAUCCACUGCUGGGCGGGCAUCAGCAACACGAUGCACCUGGGCAACGAGAAGCUGUUCCGGUCGCACAAGCACACGGCCAACAUCAUCCAGACGGGCCAGUACGAGAAUCUGCUGCGCGAGUUCGGCCCGCUGCUCAGGGGUUGGAUGAAGGAGUUUGAGCACUUCCGCCUGCCGCCCUUCCUGCGCCACAUCCUCACCAUCGAAUACGAGUACGUGCGCAUCUACAUCAACUCGCUGUCCCUGCAGGCCGUGGUGGAGCGGUGCACGAGCAACGCCAACCACCCAGCCGGAGCGGCGGCGGCGACGGCGGCGACGGCAGCCUCCGCGCACGGCGGCAGCGGCAACGCGGCCACGGCCCCGUCCCAGCUAUCACCCCAGACGAUACAGAACUUUGGCAAGCUCCCGCUCGGGCAGUUGGGCGGCUUCACCCUGCACGACCAGGAGUCCGUGCGCGAGGUGGUGGAGGGCUGCCGCAACCUCCUGCGCACGGUGGUGGAGGGCCUCCUCCCGGGGGACUACCUCAAGCACGCACCGGUGCGGACCUACUUCCGCAUCAUCAGCGGGGCCAUGUUCCUCCUCAAGACGUUCGCGCUGGGGGCGCCCCGGUCGGACGUCAAGCUGAGCAUCGACCUCAUGGACGCCACCGUCGACGCCCUCCGCACCUGCGUCGUCGACGACGUCCACCUGGGCAUCCGCUUCGCCGACCUCCUCGAGACGCUCACCAGCCGCCUGAGGAACAGGUUCAUCCAGGCGCCCACCAUGCAGGAGGCGUCCGCGGCGGCCGGAACGGUCACGGGAUCAGGAGCGCGCACGCCGGUUGUCCCGACCGGUGCUGUCGACGUCGGCGGCGUGUCGGACGGUUCGGCCGGCUGGUCGGGUAGGCAUGCGCAGAAUCUGAGGGAAGAGCUGAACAGUCGUCAUUCCCGUCCCAAGACAGAAGGAGACAACAUCUCGGCCACGCCAUUCGACCUAUCCACGGGAAACUUUCCCUACCCAGGCAUAGGACUGAUGGUACCGACGUCGACGGAACCAGACGGCGGCGACCCAGGACCACACGAACAGCAGCACGCCACGCUAUCAGGGUCCAACGUGGACAGCAGCAGCGCCACCACCACCAACGCUGCCACUGCUACUGCUACCGGCACUACCGCCGCCGCCGCCGCCGCCGCCGCCGCCGCCGCUACCGGCAACAACAGCAACGGUCACGUACCCCCCACGGGGAUAGACGCCGCCAUGUUUGAGGAGUGGAACAAUCCCGACAACGAGAUGUGGUAUCUGCCCACCGGACCAGCCUUCUUCCAGAACAUGGAGGGAGGAUCCGUCUCGAUGACGGCCGAGGGCGUCAAUGUCGGUGGGCUGGACCUGCUGGAUUACAUGGUCAUGGAUCCCGCUGCGUCUUUUCCAGAUAUA